AUGUGGACGUUAAUCCAUGCUGAUUGUAGAUCGGAGAAAAACUCUCGGCAGCCCCAGGAAAUACCGAAGUUGUCUGCAUUGGGAACAACUCUGCUGGCUACCGCCAACACCAGUGUGUCGCACCGUCCUGCUCCUGCCGACAGACUGCUAGCAAGUGAUGCUGUGCGCGCAACUACUCUGCAUCUUAUCGACCUUCUCACCAGUCGACCAAUGCGCAACCACUUCCUCACAGCCUUACCAGUCGAUCGGUUGGUCAAUACGAUGACGUGGAUAAGUGGGGAGCAGGACGACAGUUAG